AUGUCAUUGUCGACGAUCGCGAUAUGGCAGUGGGUAGCUACUUUGUCAAAUAGAAUUAGCCGUCUCCUCCAGCCUGACGAAGAAUCCAAAUCCCCUGCAAGUUCUCGGCAGCUCAAUACAACUGAACAUGAUUUCAAUGUAGGUACCGAAAACACGGUACACUCUGAGCCCGUAUCUGCGUGUCUUGCUUCAACCGAAGCGAGUCCGAUUGCAGAUAACCAGUCAGCAAAUUUAAUGAGUGAGACUCUGUCUACAAUAGUGGAUAUGAUGCCUGUGCUGGACGAUACACUCGCUAAUCAUUUACUGGAUAUCGCGUCUAAAUUUCCGAAGCAUACACCUGGAAAAUGGCCCCUGCUACUCGCCGAAUUUCGGCGAUUAAAACCCCAGUCUGUGAUAUCGCAAAAUGCACUGCGCAAGCGUCUAGAGAAAUACCAAAAGCGAAAGCAUCCUGGCCCAGAAGCUGUAACCGCGCCAGCAGUUGAAUUGCCAGUUCUUAACCAAACGGAAACCACAGCGUCUGUAGAAGCAAACCCCAAUAAACGGCCACCACCAGCAUGCAGCAGUUGUCGAGAACGCAAAAGAAAAUGCGGGCCGUCCAGCACUAACCCACAGUGCGAACGUCGCAAAAUUGCUCAAUACACACCGAUAUCUUCAUUUUUCAGUCAAACUUGA